AUGGACGGGGAUGUCGCUCCUUACGCUCCUCGGAGCGUCCUCGAGACACUCCCUUGUCAUCUGCCGAUAUCCCAUUUCGACUCUGAUAUGGAUAUUGCGAAUAUUGCUACGCUUCUGAUCCAGUCGCUCGGCCAUCUCAGCCCUGCCAGUCUGGCUUCUGACUCCAUCUGGCGAGACGUCUUCGCCCUCACGGGCACCAUGCGAACAUUCUACUCCGCCGAGUCCAUCGUCAAAGCCUGGUCUGAAACGUGCGCGAAUCGGGGUGCAGGAGAUUUUACCAUUGUCAAGAAUUCAGGAAAGGCACUACGGCUAGACAAAGAUGUUGGCUGGGUCAAUGUCUCCUUCACUUUCCGCACCCGUGUGGCCCCCGCUACCGCGUGUUCCGGGUUCUUAUCACUGAUUCUCGACCGUGAUGGUCAGUGGAAGAUCUGGCUGAUGAGGACCAUUCUCGAGCAAUUGGAAGGCUGUGCGGAUGUUGAUAAGCUGGUGCCGGUUCGAGAGCGACCGAAUAGAGUUAAUGGUCCUACCACACGUCCCGACGGUGUCAACGGAGAUCACGGCGCCGUCAAUGCCAAUGGUUCCUCCUCCGGUAGUCAUUUUGAUUGCGUCGUCGUAGGAGCAGGACAAGCAGGUCUAGGAUCAGCGGGACGUCUCGAGGCACUGGGAAUCUCCUAUAUCGUACUGGACAAGAAUGAGAAGAUUGGAGACAACUGGAUGACGCGGUAUGACUCGGCCAGACUGCACACUGCGCGCGAAUACAAUCACUUACCGUUCGAUCGGACGUUCCCAUUGCCAUAUCAGGAAUUCCUGACCAAAUAUGACCUCGCCCGGGGUUACAAGGAUUGGAUCGAGAAAUUCGGCGUCGACAAGAACAUUUGGUUCGACACAACCCUUGAAUUCGGAUCGUGGGACGAGGCCCAGAGCCUGUGGACACUCCGUAUCCGUUGCCAAGACUCGGGGCACACCAUCACUUGCCGGUAUGUAAUAAUGGCCGCGGGCGGAGGUGGCCAGAUUCCCAUCAUGCCCACGUAUCCUGGACGGGAAGAGUUUCAAGGAACCGUACUACAUUCGGCAGACUACAAAUCGGCAGACCCGUGGCGAGGGAAGUCUGGCAUUAUCAUCGGCACGGCGAACACGGCCCACGACGUGGCGGAGGAUAUGGUUGAAGCCGGUCUCUCAUCGAUUACCAUGGUCCAACGCACUCGCACGUAUGUGUUGCCGUGCGAAUAUUUCAAGACCAUCAGCGACAGAUCGUACAAUGCGACAGUUCCCACCGUGGACGCGGAUCGGGACCAAUAUUCCAUGCCUUACGUGGUCACGAGGCUGAUGAGCCGCAAGGCUCUCCAUGCCAUGGCUUCACGAGAACCUGAGCGGUUCAACGCUCUAGAACGGGCUGGGUUUAAGGUCGAGCGGUAUGGUGAUAUCAUGUGGCAUAUUUGCGAGAAGAUGGGCGGCCAUUAUAUGGACGUUGGCUGUUCGGACAAGAUUGCAAAGGGACUGGUACCUGGUCGCCCCCUCCUCUCGGAAGAUUUGACCCCUUCGAAAAGGCUCAUCUCAACUAAUCAUUUGUGUAAACAGAUCGGGAUGAAAUCCGGCGCCCUCCCAACCCACUUCACGCGCACAGGUCUCGCCUUCAGCGACGGCUCUGAAAUCCUCGCGAACGUGAUCGUCUUCUGCACCGGUUUCGUCGGCAACAUGCGGACGAACGUGGCGCAAAUAUUCGGCCAAGACAUCGCUGCUCGCGCCGAUGACUUCUGGGGGUUAGAUGAAGAGGGUGAGCUCAAGGGCGUGUUUAAGCGGAAUGGCCAUCCAAAUCUGUUUUACAUCGGUGGGACUAUCGGCCACAGUCGGUAUUUCUCGCGCCAUCUGGCUUUGCAAAUCAAAGCUGACUUGACGGGCACACCGUUGCCGGCGUACAAUGGGGAGAGACGGAGCGAGGGAAUGAACUGA